AUGUUGAAGUUGUUCUUAUCUUUGUUCGUAGUUUUAUGCUUAGCCAAUUUUCAAUACGUUGAAGGUUGGAGUAUGGGGCCGGGAGAUUAUCAAGUUGUAAUCGUGAAUGGAUUGAACGAUAUAUUAUGGGUUCAUUGCAAAUCGGGUGAUAAAGAUCUUCAACUUCAAAAACUUCCGAAAAGUGGAAACUACUCCUUUAAUAUUCAUUCUAGUAUGAUCAUACAACGCCUCUAUUUUUGUGGUUUAACUUGGGAUAAUCAUGGACGCAAGGUAUUUGAUGCAUUCGUUGAUGAACAAGAAUUCGUCGAUAGAAAAUGUGGUGGACGUCAUUGUAUUUGGAAAGCUCAAGAUGAUGCCAAGCCCGAUCCAUGGCAUGAGUGCAUGACCACAAUUUUUGAGAAACAUAUGUGA